AUGGACACCACGCCGGAGAAGAAUGAUUCCGACGUGAUCUGCCUUGACAGCGACGAGGAAGACUCCAAACAGGGCAUCGUUAAUAUUUCCGACGGAAUCAUCAAUCUAUCGGAUGACGAAAAGGCCGAUGAAAAUCCUUCAACGUCAGCUCAAGCUCUCUCUGACUUAUCAAACAUCUUCAGAUGCAAGAAAUGCAAUAGGGUCUCCAAAAAUUUUGGCGGGUUCAAGAAGCAUUCCUAUACUUGCUGGAAGACAGGAGAUAAGUGUAAAUGUGCUCACUGUCCUUUCGAGGCUGACAAAGUUGGUAUGUUCUUGAACCACUUCAGCGACAGCCAUAACGCCCCUACGCGUUUAAAAUGUCCAAUGUGCGCCCACUCGGAUAGCUCCAUGUAUCUGCUCAAAAAACAUCUAAGACUGGCUCAUGGUGUCGGAAGUCGGGAACCUUUACCGUCUGACAUUCAGUACGUUAUCGCUAAGAAAGACCAGAGUAAAACAAAAGGUGUGAAGCGUAAGUCAUCAGGCACCGCCGCCGGGCCUCCACCCAAGCAGAAGCGCUAUGGACCUUCAGAUAUUGACAAGCUACCCAUCAACCCUAUUCUGGACGAAUCUGUUUUUUGCGAUUUGUGCGAGUUUAACACUAAAGUCCGCUUGAACAUGGUGCGCCAUUUGCAGCAGCACGCAUCGCAGCAGCCCGUGGCACAGACGGCGCCCGUGAACCCGGUGCCGCAUCUAGAAACCAACGAAUUCUACUUUGAUAGGAUGGUCAACCUGGCUUCCAGUUCCAUAGCGAAUCGAGCACCUGAGAAAUCUCAAAAAGAACAAACUCCUACAGUCACUUUACCACACGACAUAGCGUCUAGGCUCCCGCGGUAUGUGCCUGAACGGUACCGAUAUACUUGCGGGGCCUCCGGCUGCACGUACAUUUCAGUCGACGAAGCCAUGUUGAAAUGCCAUUGGGAAACUUUACACUCCGGUACAAACGACUUCCACUGCGUCCACUGCCCGCCGCACCAGGCCCUUGACAAAACUAAACCGUUAACAGCGGUCAGGAUUCUAGCGCAUCUGAAAAUGCAUGACAUACGUCUGUAUGCUUGCUCGGUGUGCCCUUACUACCAUCACAGAAGACAAGUUCUGGAAAAACAUUUGUCGGAGACGCACGCGGUCGGUAACGUGCUGGUAGUUAGGGAGGAGAGUCAGCCCACUCCUACUACCCCGACCACUGCGCCCACCAUGGAUCUGAAGCCUUGGCAAUGCGGUCUGUGCCAGUUCAAGAGCAUGCUCCGGCCUGAGGUUUCCGAGCACUGUGCCAAAAUGCACCAGUCCAAAAUGCAAUACAAGUGCGCUUACUGCCCCUUCAGGACGUCCACCCCGGAGAAUGUUACAAAACAUCAAACAACUUCACACCCGAAUAGGGAGCCUGAGAUAUUCUACUUCUACUAUCGGGAAGGCAGCAUUCCCAAUGGUCCGGAUGGAAUGCCCCAUUGGCAGAGGCAGAGACAGAAGUCCGGAUUGACUACGGUAAAGGCUGAAGCUGAUCCGCCACCACCCACAACUGGCACAAUUCUUCCGGAGAUCCAACCUCUGCCUGUUCCUCAGGUGAACCUCAACUUGGUGAAGCGUGAGGUUGACAGUGAUGCUCCCAUGCAAGUCUCGAUAGAGGAAUUGUGUAAGAAGUAUGGAGAAUUCUGUGAGCCCAACGGUCUGAACUACAAGUGUUCUUUGUGUAAAGUUGUUAUGGAGGACAGCAAGGAAGUUAUGGAGUCCCACUUGUUUGAGGAGCUUCAAUACAGGAAAUGGGGAUGCCGCUUAUGUUCAUACAAAGCGUUCCACCAAACCGGGUUGAAAGAUCAUGUUUGGUCGGAACACAACCGACACAACUUCGAACCUCUAGAGCUACCACUCGACUUCAACGUUGAGAAGUGGGUCUCCCAACAAUUAGCCUACCAGGAAGACCUCAUCAAGAAAAACAGGGACAAACUAGCCCAACAGAAAAUGCAAGACGAACGCCCCGUGGUCCCCACAACAUCUAAACCUGUAGAAGUCCAAAACCCAAGCAACCUCAGUAUGGAGAAACUUGAGAAAAUUUUCGGGGUUUUCGGGUUGCCGAUUAACAUGCAGUAUUGCUGCCCGAAGUGCCUGUUCAAAACCGCCCACGAUAAAAUAAUGCAGGAACAUUUAGAGGCGGAAUUGACCAGAAUAAGGUGGUGCUGCAGCCACUGCCCGAACCACUUCUCGACGUACCACGAGGCGCAGUUCCACGGCAAGAGCGUGCACGCCGGCCUCGCCGCGCGCCCCGUGGAGGCGGCGCGCGACCCCGCCGUGCGCUCCGCCUGGGUCGCCGCCGUGCUGCAAGUGCAGAAGCUCAGCAUGAACUGUCUGCCGCUCGACACCGCCGAGCCCGCCGCCGCCGCCGCCUCCUCCGCUCACGCGCCCCGCCACGACGACGCCAACGAUGACGACAACUCCCUGCUCGAAAUUAGAUACGAGGAGGACGUCCCCAUCCCCGACGAGGGAACCCCGCGCCCGAGACGCGCCUCCGACAGCAGCGACGACGAAGGCCUCGUCAUCGACGAGCAGGCCGCCAAGAAAUCCGGCGUCGGCGGCAAAUGCGACUAUUGCGACUUCUCCUCCAAAUACGCUCACGUUUUAGACCAUCACACGCUCCGCCAUUACAAUCUCCGACCGGCCUCCUGCCCGUACUGCGAUUUCAACCACUAUAACAAACCUAUGCUCCAACAUAUUAGCACCGCGCACCCGGAUCGACCUCUAGUGAUUAAAAAAACCGAGCGGCCGACCGGCCCGCCCACGCAUCUAAACCUUACCAAACUGGGGAAAAAACCUCACGCCGCUAAAAAACCAGAUGAGGCUAAUUUAGUGUGUUUAAUUUGUGAAAAGCUGCUGACGCAAUCGGAUUCGAAGACCCAUGUCCAUGAUCAAAAUGUGCCAGUUUUCGUCAAAAGAGGCGACAUCGUUGUGAAGUGCAGCGAGUGUUUGAGACUAUUCCUAGAUGUUUCCCAGAUGCAGCAACACUUUACACUCGCGCAUCCGAAUGUGACGAUCAAGUACGCCUACUACAAGACGGACCAUGAUACGCGGAGUUUCCUCUUCUGCUCUCAUUGCAGCCAGAAAUUCACACAGCUGGUUGACUUGAGAGCUCAUCAUAAUCAAGUGCACAGCGCUUUAAAAUUGAAAUACACGAAAUUUGUGCCCGAUGCUAAUGAGGGCGAGAGUGUUUUAAAAGAGUUAUAGGACAGGAUUCGGCAGUUCGAGUCUUGGUAUAGCGAGACAAACCUACCGUUCCCUCCUACACAUAACCUUUCUGCUGGUGAAACUGAUUGUGCUGCAGAAAUCAGUGAACCAAUCGAUCCUUCUUAGUGAAGUGGAAAUCUUUGGUGAAUUAUUGUGAUAAACCUAAGUGUAAGACUUUAAAAAACACUCCCAGUGAGUGUUUAGUGUAUUAAGAAACUUAUUGAAAGUGAAUUAUUUCUAGUUUUCUAUACGCCGUGAUUAACGGAUUAAUCUGUGAUUUCAACAAAAUAGUUGUAGUUAAAUAUAAGUUAAAAUAGUAUAGCGAGUCAUACUGAUACUAUAUGUUGUCUAGCAAAAGGUAGCUUAUUGGUGUUAAAGCCGUAAGAAUCUAAUUUGAUUAUGAACAUGCUACAAUAUGGUACCUUUUGUUUAAAGAUUCUAAUGUGUACUGCGGUAAAAUGUGCUGUUAUUUUACGUAAGCAACAUUAUGUAGUUUUCCAUAAAUGAAGAAGAAUAUGAAGCAUAGGGAAUUUAUCUGAUGGAAAGCUACAAAUUUACCUACUUCUAGUGAGUCAAUUAUUAAGUUGAAUAAUCAAGCUACAUUGGUUCCUGUGUUAAUGUGAGGAAAGGUUUCCGAAGUGUUUGAAAUGAUCGCACAUGUUGAGUGACGGAAACCGUAAUGUUUGAAUAGUGAUUAUUAUGUGUUGUCAUGAAGAGAAGCCUUGAUGGAUAUAGUUUUUUGUUUAGUUUAUUUUGUUUUGUUAAUUCGAGUGUGAAAUCGGAUUUUUUUUUCUAAUUUUUCUUACAAAAUGUUAUAAAGAAGACCUAAAUAGUGUCGCCAUCUAUUGAUUUUUGAAAUGCAACUUUUCGUUGUAAGGACAUUGGCAGACACCACUGGCCAUUCAUGUUCCUGGGAUUGGUUUGAUUUUUAAUUAAUAUGAAAAAAAAGAAUCAAGAUUACAGAUGUUACCUUUGGCAGGUUUGAAAAUGAUUGAUCUUGCCAGUUCCAGUUUAAGAAAGAAAAUGAAGACUUAUGUAUGUUGAUUACUCGCCAAAUACCUUCUCAGUUACAGACUGGUAAAUAUAAGCUUUUAUAAAUUAAA